AUGGAAAAGAUAAAUGAAAGCCAAAGAACUGAUUUAAACAAAAGACCUGAAAUUCUAGUCGAGGGCAGGCAAGGUGAUUGCUUUGGUACUAGCGAGGGACUUGAAAGUGAUUCAAGAAAAAUAACUGGGAAUGAUGGAGAACGUGAGAAGUGUGAAUCGCCGAAACCAAACAUGGAUGUUCAAAUACUUCAGCGUGCAAUACAAAAGCUUUACAGCGAUCCUUCCUUUGCAAUCAUUUGUAGUUUCUUCAACAAAUUCGCCAUCUUCCUCGGUUUAAAACCGCAAUGCUUCGCCAAAAUGGAAAGCAUAUUUACCAGUUUUCACGUUACAGGCAAAGUUGAUCGGGAUUUGAUCGAUUUACAUUUAAUGUUGAUGCGAAAACUAACAUUUAAAUCAGCAAGAUUGGAAGUGUGGGAGAAAUAUCUUCUGAAAUUCUGCUCUCUUAUUCCUUCUCUAGAGAGUGAGUACCUACAGCUGGAACGGUACGGUUACUUGCACACAACUGCGGGCACGAAGCUUGCAAUUCUCAAAGCUUUAUGCGAAAGUCAAUUUGACUUCAACGUUAAAUUCAAAGAAAGCCUAUUAAAUUCCUGUGCAGCAAGUGAUUUACGACUUUUGCCUAUCGGCUAUGACAAGGAAGGUCUUGCUUACUUGUAUCAGCAAGACGUUGAUUUAGUUAUUCGUAUAUAUUCAGCUGAACAGGAUGAUCAUUCGGGUGGCUCAUGGAAUCUUGUUGCCAAGUGUAAAGAAGAACUAGAAAAUUUGGUUAUGGAAUUAAAAAAUAGACUUGCUUCAAAAUAUUUAUCCAAUCUACUAAAACAGCAUGAAGAUUCAUCACCAACUUCGUCUACAAUUGAGACGGAUGAGAAAAGUAAUGUUUCAUCUUCAUUUACAACAAAAAGAGGUGCUUUAUUGGAUACUUACCAGGACGAGUCUGCAAUUAAGAAAAAAAUCGUAAGACCGAGUCAAAUGAAGAAAAAAGUGGCUGUUGAAGAAGAAUCAAAAAAAGAAAAUAGUGCGCCACCAAUAGAAAUCACAGAAGAUAUUCCCGACGAAGUAAAACCAUUUUUGGAUCGUCGUGUACUACCACGCAGAAGUGCGCGCAGUGCUGCAAUAAAUCAGUUGAAAGAGUUGACUGCUCCGCUAAAACCUCAAAGUGGCAAGAGGAAAAAUCAGCAAAACAAGAAACAGAUAGAAAUAGAAAAUGCAAAACAGCUGAAAAUUCUUGAUAAAAAUGAUGAUCAGGAUGAUAGCGAAGACAAUGAUGAAAAUGAAAAGGAUGAUAAUGAUGCCGAUGAUUUUAUAUUAGCAGAAACUUCGACCUCUUCUGAUGAUGACUUCAUGCCGCUUUCUGAACUGAAAAAGAAGAACCAAAGUUCAAGAUGUCGUCGGGAGAGAAAAGCAGCUGUGGAAAAAGAUCCGUUUGAAGUGGUCGAAUCAGAAGAGGAUGAAGAGAGCGAUGACGAUCAAGAAAAGAAAACCAAGAAAGAGAGGAAAAAAGCUACGGAAGAAACACUCUGCAUGAAAUGUAGCAAAAGCUCAAAUCCAGAAGUGUUGCUCUUGUGCGAUUUAUGCGAUGAAGCCUGGCAUACAUGGUGCUUACACCCAAUAUUAUGGUACGUACCAGAUGAUGACUGGUUUUGUCCAAACUGUCAGCAAGCGAUGCUAAUUAAAAAAUUCUCCGAAGUGCUAGUUGUACUUGCUGAACAAGUAAAGCGCAAAGCUGCUGAAGACAAGAAGAAAGAAGCAGCUGCAGAAAGAUUGAAACGCGAGAUGGAAUAUAUUGGUGUAUCUUUAAAUAACAUCAUUGAUACGGUAAGAGAUGCGAAAGUAGAAAGUUCUGAAUCAUCAGAGGAGUCGGAUGAAGAUGAUGGCGAACGGAAAUCGAAAAAGAAAGCUAUUAGGCGUCUUGGUGUCUGUCCGCAGAAACCAGUCGUCCCAAUAGCGCUUUCACGAUCAAGACGCCAAGUUGCUAAAGUUGACUAUAAAUUUGGUGCUUACGAUGAAUUAAUCCAGGAAGCAGUAAAAAAUAUAGAUGAAUCGGCAGCAAGACAAAUGAGUCCAAGUAACGUGCGACCAAGGAGUGGAGCCGGACGCGGCAAAGAUAUGUCGAACAUCAUAAAUGCUGAAAAUAAGCGGACACAAAAAAGUUUAGAGGACGGUUACCAGGAUGAUGGCCCCGAAUGCCAUACGAGAGUAAAAUCAAAAAUUGGAAAGUCGGCCAGAAGUCGUCAUCGAUUAAAUGAUCUAAAUGUAGAUGAAAUGACUGAAUCGGAUACUGAUGAAUAUCAAGCAAGCGACAGUGCUUCUGUUUCCGAUCCAACAGAUGACACCGAUGAAUACGUACCUUCUGAUGUUUCCUGUACAAGGAGAACAUCCAAACGGAAUUAUUCUAAUAAACGAACUCAAAGCGAUGAUGAUUUUGUUGUUUCUGGCUCCGAAAGUGAAUACGAACCAUUAAGAAAAAAAUCGCAUAAGUUAAAAAAUACAAAAAAAAUAGGAGGAAAGAGGAAACGUGAGAAAUGGACAUCUUCUGAUGAAGAUUCCACUUCCGAUCGUAGCGACAAUUAUCAGAGUGAAGAAAAUAGUAGUGGGGAAAGGCGUGUAAGGCGACGUGCUAUUGCUAAGUGGGCACCACGUGCGAGCAGUUCGGAUACAAAUUCGAAUCAUUCGGUACAAAAGACUGCUGCUGGAAGGCCGUUAAGGAAAGCGGUAGCAAAAAGACCAAGCUUGACAGUGGAUAAUGGUGACGAUGAGGAAGGAGAAGAGGAUGAAGAGAUGGAAGAGAGACUUAAAGAUGUUCGUCCGGUCGGUACUGGGCGAAAAACUGAAAGUUCUGAUGAAUUUGAACCAGAUGACGAGGAAGAAGAGGAGGAGGAGGAAGCGGAAGACGAAGAAACUGAUGAUGAUGAGGAGAUGGAAGACAAGGAGGAAACAUCGACGGCUGACGAUGAGAAGCAAGAACAAGAUGAUGAAGAAGAAAAAGGAAAGAUAGUGAAGGUUGAAAAUGGUAUCGAAGUUGUGAAAGAAGCUAUAUUCACUCCGGCUAAGGCUUUAUCUGUUGAAGAUCAUAAGAAGCAGACAAAAGAUGCGGAUGAUAUCGCUCCGUCGACUUCGAGCGAUGUAAAGAUUGUGGUUAAAGAUAGACCAUUGCCACUUAUCGAUAAAACAGCUUGGAAGGUAAAGUCGGAGCAAGCAGAUCAGGAGGUAUUUUAUACCGAAAAUCUGAAAACGGAGGAUGUAAAAAAAGUAGAGGCAAAAGUAGUGGAGAAAGUGGUAGUUGCAAACAUGGCAGCUACAAGCUCGAAUGUAACUUCAUGUAUUCCAUCUUCAUGCUUUCCAUCAACCUCAACGGACUUCUCAUCGCUGAAUCCAUCAUCGGUAAUGCAGCAAAUGGCUCAACUUGCAUCAUCGUCAACUACACCUAUGCAGCAAUUUGAUACCUCAGGUGCUGCUUACCGAGACGUGCUGCAAACUGCAGCUCCUACGUUCAUUUCUAAUGGGGCCCCACUGCAGAUUUAUUCAGGUCCAGCUCCAGUUACUCCAUAUCAAAUGCAGCAGCCGACAUUUGUGAGGACUUCUACAGGCAUGGUUCAGUCCACCAUUGGUCCAUUGUCGCAAGGAUGGCCUCCCUAUCCACCUCCAAAUCCUUUUCCGGCAAAUGCAGCAGUCCCACCGAUGGUCACUGCUACGACAACUCCAUCACCAACUACAGAUUCUGAGACACUUGGAAACGUUCUUGCUUCUGCAAUGGAUUACUAA